AUGGCGUCGUUGUUCUCCCCGCCAAUCUCUUCUUCAUCUCUUCAUAAUCCCAAUUUCAUCCCAAAGUUCUCAUUCUCUCUCCUAUCCACGAACCGCUUCUCUCUCCUCUCCGUCACUCGAGCUAACUCCUCCCCUUCCUCUAACAGUGGGAUAACCGAUCCUGUGGCGGUGGUAGUCAAAGAAGCUCCGCCAUCAACACCGCCGGCGGUGAAGAAAGAAGAAAUCGCCACCACCGUAGAAGUUGGAGAAGAGAUGAAGACGACGGAGACGCUUAUCAAAUUCGAGGAUGCGAAAUGGGUUAACGGAACUUGGGAUCUGAAACAAUUCGAGAAAGAUGGAAAAACCGAUUGGGAUUCUGUAAUCGUUGCUGAGGCCAAGAGACGAAAAUGGCUGGAAGAGAAUCCGGAGACGACGAGUAACGAGGAACCAGUGCUCUUCGAUACAUCGAUCAUUCCAUGGUGGGCUUGGAUCAAGAGAUACCACUUACCCGAAGCUGAAAUCCUCAAUG